AUGAGUGGACAUUUAUCGAAGCGCAUUCUUAAAGAGACAGAACGCCUUGCGAAGGAUCCUGUACCGGGAAUUUCCGUUACAGUUCACGACGAGAACGCGCGGUACUUCAACGUCAUCCUGGCAGGCCCCGAGGGCUCGCCCUACGAGGGCGGUGUCUUUCGACUUGAGCUUUUCUUGCCCGCAGAGUACCCGAUGCAAGCACCGCGUGCCCGGUUUUUAACGAAAAUCUAUCAUCCAAAUAUCGACCGGCUAGGUAGGGUCUGUUUGGAUAUUCUGAAGGAUCGUUGGAGUCCAGCGCUCCAGAUUCGCACCGUGCUCUUGUCGAUACAGGCGCUUAUGUCGGAGCCGAACCCCGAGGAUGCCCUUAACAAUGAAGCCGCAGAGCUCUGGAAGAAAGACAUUGCACGAGCGAAGGAGAUUGCGCAACAGUGGACCCUGGAGUACGCGAAGUGA